UCGUCAAUUAUUGUUUUCAUCCGAUUAACAGCGGCUCUAGAUCAUUGGGAUUACAAUCAUGUCUUCUGCUCCUCACCCGCUUUGCCCACUGACGGGUGAUGAGAUUCAGGCUAGUGCACGCUUGAUUGAGAGUGUGUGGCCACAGUCUGUCUCGCUAUCUUUUAAGGUUAUAACGCUCAGUGAGCCAGCGAAGGAGAAGCUUGCACCAUAUUUGGAAGCAUUCGACAACGGAACUUCCCCUUCGCCGCUUGAACGUCUGGCUUUUGUUGCGUAUUAUAUCCGUGGAACGGAUAUUUUUCAUGAAGCUAUCGUCAACUUGACCACUGGCAGGAUCGAGAGCAAUGUGAAGCUUGGACCGAAUGUUCACGGCAAUGUUGAUUAUGAUGAGGCUCAGAGAGUCGAGAAGCUUGCGCUUGAGGACCCGCAGGUUUUGGCUGAGCUGGAAAAGCUGAAGUUGCCAGAGGGGACUGUUGUUUGUGCGGAUCCCUGGAUUUACGGGUCCGACGGAGUUGAGGAUGAUGUCCGUAUGUACCAGGUCUUCCUGUACAUGCGGGACCCCGCAAAUUCUGGCGAAGCUGAUUCGAAUCACUACGCAUUCCCUCUACCUGUUUCACCGGUCAUCGAAUGCGUUAACUACAAGGUCAUUCGAAUUGAUGUACUUCCUACUGGCGCUGAUAACACUAUUAAACCCCUUACGCCUUAUCAGCCAAAGCCGGCUAAUGAGUAUAUCCCGGAAGCGCAAGUGCUUCGGAAGGAUCUCAAGCCACUGCAUGUAAGCCAGCCCGAGGGGCCAAGCUUCAAUGUGGUACCGGUCGGUGAGACUGGAAACGUUAUCUCGUGGCAGAAGUGGACCUUCUUCGUCGGCUUCAAUCAACGUGAGGGAAUGGUGUUAUACAACGUCAAGUAUGACAACCGUCCCUUGUUCUACAGACUUUCCCUCUCAGACAUGAGCGUGCCCUACGGUGAUCCACGACACCCGUUCCACAAGAAGUCAGCAUUUGACUUGGGUGAUGCCGGUGCUGGUGCUACAGCCAACAACCUCAAGCUUGGCUGUGAUUGCUUAGGCAGCAUUCAGUACCUCAGUGGUGUGAUUUGCGACGACCAGGGCAGACCAUUGCCAAUGGAGAAUGUUAUCUGUAUUCACGAACAAGAUGCUGGUAUUGGAUGGAAGCAUACCAACUACAGAACCGGAAGAGCAGCUGUUGUACGAGCACGUGAGCUUGUGCUGCAGUCCAUCAUCACAGUUUCGAACUAUGAGUAUAUCCUCAUGUUCCUGUUCAACCAAGCAGGAGAGGUCACAUAUGAAGUCCGCGCCACGGGUAUUCUGUCUACGCAGCCGAUUGACCACGAGCUGGACAAGACAGGAGUGCCUUUUGGUACUGUCGUGCAUCCCGGUGUGCUAGCAGGCAUUCAUCAGCAUAUCUUCUCCCUACGUGUUGACCCCAUGAUUGACGGCCAUACGAAUCAGCUGGUAUACAGUGAAGCCCACAGAAUACCUCGUGAUCCUCACUUGAACCCUCAUGGUAUCGGCUACGAAGUCGUCGAGAAGACCAUUGACAAGACAGCUGGUUUGGAUAUCGAUUACGACCUUAGUCGGGUCUACAAGAUCACCAACCCCAACUCCCUCAACCCUGUGAACGGCAAGCCAGUUGGCUACAAGAUUAUGGCACCGCCGUUCCAGAAACUCAUGGGCGAUGAAGACAGCUUCCUACAUAAGCGCGCCGAGUUCGCAGACCAUAACAUCUACGUCACCACGCAUCGUGACCGUGAACUCUACGCGGGAGGAUGGUACACCAACCAGUCUCGUGGAGGCACAGGCGUGAGAAGCUGGGCAGAGAGAAAUGAGACACUGACGCCGGAGUCUGAUAUUGUGCUGUGGGUGCAAUUCGGUAUCAACCAUAUCCCGCGCAUCGAAGACUUCCCUGUCAUGCCAGUUGAGAUUCUCAAGGUUCAUCUCAAGCCUGUCAACUUCUUUACCAAGAACCCUGCGCUGGAUGUGCCACCGAGCGAGCAGAGCGUCAACCAGAGUACGCUGAUUGAGAACAAAAAGCCAGACAUUGCCGAUAACUGUGGAUGCGAGUCAUCGACUGUCCCUUCAAAGUUGUAGUCUGAGUCACUAGCGAUGGAAUGCCUCACGGUGUAAAGAAUUGUGACAUCAAUGAGACAAUAUUAAUAU